AUGGCUUUGAAUCAGACUUGGACGGCUGGACUGUGUGAGGAGGACGAGUGCAUGAAGCUGGGGAAACGCAGCGGAGCUUUUGUGCUUGGUAUCUUCAUUAAGAACCAGGAUACUCCCAUAGUCAAAGCCAACAACAGGAAUCUCUCCUACAUUCUCCUCGUCUCCCUUCUGCUCUCCUUCCUUUGUGCCUUGCUUUUCAUCGGCCAACCAGGGAAGCUCUCGUGUCUCCUUCAGCAAACUACUUUUUGCAUUAUCUUCUCAGUGGUCAUAUCUUGUGUGUUGGCCAAGACCAUCAUUGUGGUUCUAGCUUUCCUAGCCACCAAACCAGGGUCUAGGAUGAGAAACUGGGUGGGGAAACGAUUGGCCAACUCCAUUGUUCUUUGUUGCUCUUUGAUUCAAACCACUAUUUGUACAGUUUGGUUAAUAACUUCUCCUCCAUUCCCAGAUUUUGAUUUGCACUCAAUGACUGAUGAAAUGAUUCUGAAAUGUAACGAAGGGUCAGUCGCCAUGUUUUACUGUGUCUUGAGUUACCUGGGUUUCCUGGCCACUGCCAGCUUCACAGUAGCUUUCUUAGGCAGAAGGUUGCCUGAUAGUUUUAAUGAAGCCAAGUUCAUCACCUUCAGCAUGCUGGUCUUUUGCAGUGUUUGGCUGACCUUUGUUCCAACCUAUUUGAGCACCAAAGGAAAAUACAUGGUGGCUGUGGAGGUCUUCUCCAUCUUAGCCUCCAGUGCUGGGUUGCUAGGCUGCAUAUUUUUCCCUAAAUGUUAUAUUAUAGUUUUGAGGCCUGAACUGAACAUCAAGGCUCAAAUUGCAAGAAGACUAAAUGAAAGAAAUUGA